CUCACGUUCGCGCUGUAGCCAUACAGCCGCAUCCGCCGCUGGAUGCAGUCUUAUUUACAUCAGACAGCAUCGUAUCACUCGCCACAGCAGCAGCAUCCUCGCCUUGACAUGGUUGGCGCCAAAAUGGCCUACUAUGGAUCCUCCUCGACCUCUCCCCCAGUUGGCUCGGGGCGCAAAUAUCAUGACUCUACGGGAACUUACUCGGAGACGGAAAGUGAGCCCGAGGCGCUCCCGUUCUGCUCCUGCGAUGUGGACUACUUUGUGCGUUGCGAAUACCACCGCGGAGAGCACCAUGGCCUCAGCUUCGAGCUCGCACACGACUUCGUGGACCUCAAGCACCUGCUUCGCAUUAUUCAGGAGCAGGAAGUGCGCCGCUAUGUGUACCAGGGCACGCAGGUGGGCAAGGUCAUCGAGUUCCUCACCUUGCGCCACUUCCACAUGAACGAAAUCCAGCUCAACUCGCUCACGCGCCUCAUCCGCGACAAGAUGGCGCACGUCCGACAAAUCCACCUCAUCGACGCGCUGGACGCCAACUUCAUCCACCAGCACCGCGUUGCCUUCCGUCGCUUCUGCACUGCGAUCUUCGCUGUACACCCGGUGAUCAAGUACAAUUCGAUGGCUGCCGAGCUUCCCGAGGAGCAGCGUGGCUUAAUGAAGGAGAUCGCCAUUCGCGAGUGCCCCAUGGACAACACGUUCUUCGCCAGCAUCGGCUCAGCGAUGCAUUACUCAAAUACCUUGCAGAACAUCGAUCUGCAAGAGCUGAUGGACCCAGCACAAGUUAAGGAGGAAGAUCUGCACUUGUGCUGGGGCUGGCUUGUAUACGGCCUGUUCCACCCGAACUCAACUGCCCGAAUUGAAAAGCUUGACUUGUCGCGCAACAUGAUGCGAAUGAAGGACAUCCGUAUCGUGGAAGGCAUCAUGGCCGGUGGCCACCCAGCGCUGAUUCUGCUGAUCCCGGAAUACGCCGCUGCCCUGCAGCGGUACAGCAAGAGCAACCGUGACAAGAUUCUGCGCGAGGACGUCAAACGUGCACUGCUGAAGGGCAUCCCGCACCGUCGCGUGUUCGCUCUCAUCAAGAAGGGCACCACUGUGCGUCCGCUGCCGACGUCCAAGCUUUCGCAGCACGAAGUGUACAGCGACUUGCUCGUCGAGAAAGAGCUGCUAGAAGUAUUUUGCAUCUUGCGCAAGUGGCUGUGUGUUGUCGUUCCUGGCUUCGGACUCGGAUGGGUGCCACGCCAGAGUGCUAUUGAAAUGACCGAGAUCGGCAUGUCGCCAAGGAUAUGCUCGCCAGCGACGCUAAUGCGCUCAGUCUCGUUCUGGAACAUGAUCGAGGCAUCGGACGCCGAGGGCAUGGUGGUGCCGCUGAUUACGCUCUUCUUCCAGAUGACGGGCAUCAGUGAUCGUCUGGAGGACAUCAACUUGAGCGAGAACCGGAUCGGCAACCCGGAUCAGUUCGGCAUUCCGGCCACCGAGAUCUUGCACCGGAUUAUCUAUUUCUCGCCCUAUUUAACCUCGUUAAACCUGUCCGACUGUCAGCUCACGGACAUCACUCCUUUGCUGGAGGCGUACAAGAAGGGCCGCUGUCGUAUCCGGAGUCUCAAUCUGGACUCCAACAUGCUUGGUUUCCGUGGUGCGUUCGAUCUUGCCAUGCUGCUGAUCAGUGACAGCCAGUAUCCGAUGGGCUCCUGGCUUACAGACCUAAGCUUGCUCUUCAACGACAUUGACGCUAUCGGUACGCGAGCUCUGUUGGAGGCUCUUCAGUACAACGUACAUCUGGAGCACCUGGCGAUCGAGUACGGCAAUGAGUUCCCUCCGGAGCUCGGUGACUUCGAGUUCACAGGUGACUGCGCUACAUGGCACGAGAACUACCUGUUUGAGCGUCUGGCGGUACUACGUGUGUUCGAGCGGUUCUCGUUGGGUGAGCCGUUAGACGAGAAUGUAAUGCACCUCGUGUGGGAGUUUUUGGGUUUCGAUGAGCCGUGA